CAUUGCGCACGUGAGACUUACCUGAUUGAGUGCCUAAGGUGCACGACAACGAGUGUCUGCAUUUUGGGCAGAGUUUCAUCAGUGAAAAUGAUUUUUGAUUGGAGACUCGGGGUCUUCACGCUGGUCUUUACCACCGGUCUAGUGCUCGGCGCUAUUCCGCCUGACGUGCGCCUCAGUUUUGCCCGGCCCGGAGAUUUCUUCAUCGCUGGCCUGUUCCCGUUUCACUACUCAGGCCAUGCCCCGUGCGACUCGGCGCUGUCUGCCUGGGCUGUGGAGCUGUCCCAAACCAUGGUCUUUGCGGUGGAGAGCAUCAACAGGCGACCGGACUUGCUGCCCAACGUCACCCUAGGAUUCGAGAUCCGAGAUGAUUGCUACUCAGAGUCCAUGACGCUCUACACGAUCCUGUCACUGUUGGGCAGUAACGGUAGGCUCAUGGACCUGGACGUCCCCGGAGAUUUCAGGCCAGGCAUCAGAUACGAGAACAGCACUUUCCUGGGUGCCAUCGGGCCGGUGUCGAGCUCCAACAGCAUCUUGGCCGGUAUGACUGGCAGUCUGUUCCAGAUGCCCGUUAUCUCCUACCUGGCCACGAGCGACGAGCUUUCAGACAAGAACAGGUUCCCAUACUUUCUGCGUUCCACUCCCCCGGACAUGCUGAACGCACUAGCUGUCAUCGACAUCCUGUUGCGAUUCGGCUGGGACUACGUCGCCCUGAUCUAUUCGCUUGACAGCUACGGGAUCCGCGGGGCGCAGGAGGUGCAGAAGCUCGCCGAGAAAGCCGGCAUCUGUCUGGCAUUUUCGUCGCCGAUCAGUCACGCACCGUCAGACGCGGAGAUCGAAGAGGUGGUUCAGAAACUGAAGACCUACAGGUCCGCCACCGUGGUGGUCGUCUUUGCAGCUUCGGGCGCACCCUACACAAUCCUGGACGAAUUCCACAACCAGGUUCCCGGGUCCAAUCUGACGUUCAUCGGCAGUGCCGCCUUCGAGUCGGUUUACAGACUGAAAAAGAUCAGCCUCUCGGAGAACACGCUGGGAGGGAUUUUUGUGCCGCUCCACUAUCGCGACAUAGACGGAUUCGAACAGUAUUUCUUGUCAAUCGGUGAUGAUGAAUCCGACCAGCCUGUGAGUAGAUGGUUUCAGGAGUUUCAGAUGGAGUGGUUGGCGGGACGCAACUGCUCCCGUCUCAGCGCUUGCCCGCCUGCGACUAACAACGACGAGAUCUUCGUGAUGAACGCGGUAAACAUCUUCGCUCACGCGUUGCACGAGGUACUGACAAGCGUCUGCCAUGGGAAUUUGACCUGCACCUCGGAAAUCGUCUCUGCUGGCGAACGAUUUCUACCCUACUUGCUCCAUGUGGAAUUCCUGGGGGCUGACGGCCCGUUUCGGUUCGAGAACAACGGCGAACCGGCCGGCCGUUACACUCUGAAGAACGUACAGAUGACAACGGGAGGAGUGAUACACACAGUCCAGGUUGGUGUUUGGGACUCGCUGAAAUCUGAGGGGCGUCUCUCGGUCGAUGACGAUGCUGUGAUCUGGGCGGGACAUACAAAGGUCCCACCACGUUCUACUUGCAGGGAGCUCUGUCAACCGGGGUACAUCGAGGUUCCUUUAGAGCAAAAGUGCUGCUGGGGUUGUCGGCAGUGUCCCAUCAAUGCCAUCACUGAGAAUGGCGAUUGUGUCACGUGCGAGAGGACGCACUGGCCCAAUCAGGACCGCACCCAAUGUGACCCUAUCACCCCAAAGGCCAUCUCUUGGGGCAGUCCCCCGGCAGUCGCUGUCUUGGUGCUGUCGGGCACCGGUGUGGCCCUGUCAUCGCUGGUCGCCGCCGGUAUGUACUACUACCGGAGCCAUCCGCUAAUCAAGGCCACCAGCCGGGAGCUAAGCGCCAUCCAAAUCGGGGGUCUGUUCCUGGCCUUUGCAACGACCGUGGUGACUCUGGCCCGGCCCUCGGAGGUAGCCUGCCACUGCAUGGUAACCAUGAUCUCCCUCUGCUACACCGUCAUGUUCUCAGCGACUUUACUCAAAGUGAAUCGCAUCUUCCGCAUCUUCAAGGCCAGUAAGAAGUCCACCAAGCGGCCAUCUUGGACCAGUCCUCGUACUCAAGUCACUAUCGCAUCCAUUCUGAUCUUCAUACAGUUUGAUCUUCCAAAUCAGGUUCUGAUUUCCAUCAUUUCCAUCGCCCUCAACUCCACCAAGCCCGAGCUGCUGUUCCAGGUCCCCGCCCAAAACCACAUCGAACUGUACUGCCUCUUCGGCUACGAAGCCAUAGCUAGCCUCCUCUACAACCUGGUCCUGGUGCUUGUCUGCUGCUUCUACGCUCUUCGUGCCCGCAAGGUCCCCAGCAACUACAACGAGUCCAAGUUCAUCGCGGCCAACGUCUACUCCACCCUGGUCUUCAGUGUGGCAGCCCUGCCCGUCUACGCCACGGCUACCACGACCAGCCAGCGGGUCGUCACCCUCUGCGUGGUGGUCCUGCUCAACGCUUACGGUACCAUCUUCAUGGCUUUCCUGCCCAAGCUGUACGCGGUGCGCUUCGUGGGUGACAUCGAGGUGACCCGCGAGGGUACCGGGGCGUCCACGAGAGGAACGUCGCUGUCUACGUCUCGUAGCAUCCGUGUUCACCCCUCCGAGCUGUCUAUUGACACGACGGGGACUGCUUCGAAACUCCCGUCUGUAGCAGGCUCCUCGAAUGUCAAAUAGGUACCUCCGGUUAAUGACAACACGAUCGGAACACCGAGCUAAAGUUUGUCCUAUUUUCCCUAAUCAUUAGUAUUCACACCAAGUGGUCACUAUGACAUUGAGCCGGCGAGCACUCGAAAAAGGAAAGUUCCCAAACCAGAUUACUAAGAAGGUAAC